AAGCUCCAAAGAGUUUAUAAAGGCAGCAAGAGCAGAGAAGCAGCUAGAGAAGCUGGUGAACAGUUCCUGGUGCUGAAAGCAGCAAAAGAGCAUCUCUGUUGGGGACCAACUCACUCAUGGCCGGGAAGCAGCAACAGCCCCCUUAUCUGCAUCUGGCGGAGCUGACGGCAUCCCAGUUCCUGGACAUCUGGAAACAUUACGAUUCUGACGGAAAUGGUUAUAUUGAAGGGAAAGAGCUGGAAAACUUCUUCCAAGAGUUGGAGAGUGCUAGGAAGGGCGCUGGAGUGGAAUCCAAGAGCCUCAACUUUGGAGAAAAGAUGAAGGACUUCAUGAGAAAAUAUGAUAAGAAUGCAGAUGGCAGAAUUGAACUGGCCGAGCUGGCACAGAUCUUGCCCACGGAGGAGAACUUCCUGCUGUGUUUCCGACAGCACGUUGGCUCCAGCGCUGAAUUCAUGGAGGCUUGGCGGAAAUAUGAUACAGAUCGUAGCGGCUACAUAGAAGCCAAUGAGCUCCAGGGAUUCCUGUCUGAUUUGUUAGAGAAAGCGAACAAGCCCUAUGAGGAAUCAAAGCUACAAGAAUACACACAGACUAUACUGCGGAUGUUUGAUUUGAAUGGGGAUGGAAAGCUUUGCCUGUCGGAAAUGUCACGACUGCUGCCUGUGCAAGAGAACUUUCUCCUUAAAUUUCAGGGGAUGAAACUAGAUGCAGAAGAAUUCAAUGCUAUCUUUGCAUUUUAUGACAAGGAUGGCAGUGGCUUCAUUGAUGAGCAUGAACUGGAUGCCCUAUUGAAAGAUCUCUAUGAGAAAGACAAGAAGGAAAUGACUAUCCAACAGCUCACAAGCUACAGAAAGAGCAUCAUGAAUCUCUCAGAUGGGGGGAAGCUGUACCGCAAGGAACUGGAAAUUGUCCUCUGCAAUGAGCCCCUCAUGUAAAGAGCAGCAGUGUCCCUUUGCCACCCUCUAUCCCUUCCCCUGCUCUGCCACUACCACAAAGGCAAAGACACCAGAAUGAGCAAAUGUAGAGGUGUCUGCUGACCUGCAUCUGGAUGAUUCUCCCAACCUCACAAGACUAGGCUCGCUGAUCUGCUUGUGACUGUGGACCCGGGAAUCUGCACAAGAGGGUGGGAGAGGGACAGCCCUAUAUAACUUCAUCUCUUCUGGUGGGAAGGGGCAGCUCCAACCUAGACAGUCAAUUUUUCUGCCAAGCCUUGCUUCUCUCUCUCUCUCUGUAGUUAUCAUCGUCAGUGUUUUGUGGUUUCCCUCAUCUGGAAUGGAUUUUUGUUCUUUUGCUUUUAAUUUUUCACCUUUGAUCACCUUUCAUGUUCAGUCUUGUUUACCAAAAAAGAGUUUACAAAUAAAACUGAUGUUCUGCUUCAGGA